AUGGCUGAAUCCAAUGGCUGCCCAACCGAAGAUCAUCAUGGCAUAGAGGAUCUCACCCUUCGGACCGAUACAUUGAUGUUGCGGGAAGAUUCUACCGAGGAAACCAGUGUACAGUCCGAAGGUAAAUAUCUAAUGUGUCCGUCUCAUUUGGACCGUACCACUGACCAUCUGUAGGCCUGCCAACGUCUCUCGAGUUACGAGUCACAUCAUAUGGCGGCUAUGGACUAUUCGCUACACGAGAUCUACCACGCGGAACACGAAUCAUCGCUGAACCGCCAAUGAUUCACCAGCCUCCUGGAGACAAAAUGGAUGCAGUGUGGAUGCAACUCGAAGCCUUGACACCCGAACAACUCAACAGGUACACAGAGCUCUCUUCUGGCAAUGGUACAGUCGGCAUCCAUCAGCGCCAAAUGAUCAAAACUCGGCUGGCGAACGAACGGAGAAGUAGCGGCGCGGCUCUAGAAGCGAUGACCAAUGACAUGGUCAAGCUACACGAGAUAUAUUUCAACAACUGCGUGUCCAUGGGUUGCAAUGAGCGUUUUGGGGCCGGACUCUUCCCUCUUUACAGCCGCAUCAACCACUCCUGCCUCCCAAACGUCCAGAAUAGCUACAAUGCUACCCUCGGCAAGCUCACCGUCCACGCCAUCAGAGAUAUCAAAGCUGGCGCAGAGCUUUGCACAUCGUACAUCUUCAACUUGCGCACCAAGGAGCAACGCCACGAGCAGUUGAAGAACACGUGGAGUUUCGAUUGCCAGUGUGAGGUCUGCGACAACACCCCCACGGCAUUUGCCAGCGAAAAGCGCCGCCAGCUGAUGUUCGACAUUGAUCAGGCUCUUGCUGCAUAUGAGGCAAACAUACCAUUUGCGAGAGCUCUCAUUCCAAACGCUCCAAGGAAUGGCAAGGAAGCUCGCGAGCUGGUAGAACGACUAGUCGCUGUCCUGAGAGAGGAAGGGCUCGUAGGAAUGGAUCUGGCACAGGCGUGAGUACCUUUGCUCUGGGUUUCAAACAAAAAGUCUUCUCUUGCUGACAUCCAAUCUCCAGUUACCGUGAAUGCUCCAAAUACAGCCUACAGGAAGGACUGAUUCCCAAAGCCCUCGCGUACGCCCAGAAGGAAUGUGAGGUCGAGAAGGUCUGCAUUGGCUCGGAGACUGAUCACUUGGAGAAGAACAUGGAAGGCGCAGUGUACUGGAUCAAGCAUCUGGAGACGCUUUCCGAGCAGGAUAAGGUCAAGGCACGCAUGAAUGAGAAGAGAUUCGCGAAGGAACAGAAGAAGGCCGAUAAGAAGGCCGCGAAGAAGGCGGGGAAGAACGGGAAGGGCGAAGGGCGUUGA